ACUUCCAAUUCCAUCCGCGACCAUUAUUUUACGGUAGAUUAGCUGCAGGUACGACAUUAAAGCCAAGUUUGAGCUACUUUCUUUCCAUUUCUUCACAGCAAAAUGUCUUCGAAGAUCCGUGACGGUGACGAUAACUUCGAAGGGCAGUGUGCGUUGAAGGAGGAGCUGAAUAAAAAGAUUAAGGAGCAGAAGGUUGUUGUCGACGAGCUGUCCAACCUGAAGAAAAACAGGAAAGUCUACAUCCAGCAACGCAAAAGUAACAUCUUCUUUCUGGCAGACAGAAGUCAGAUGCUGAGUUCAUGCAAAAAAGAACUGGACAACAUGAAGAAGGAAAUGCAAGAUUUGUGAGGCCUACUGUACAAUCCAAGAACCAUGUGUGGAAUCUUUUGUCUGUUAACUGCAUCACCCACUCAAUUUGAGUGGAACAAAACAGUGUAUGAA